AUGUCAGGCGGAAGAUUUGUGCCCCGUUGCGUUCUUGUCGAUCUGGAUCCUCAUACCAUGGAAUCUGUUCGGGGUACCCCGAUGGGUCAACUGUUCCGUCCAGAUAACUACAUCAUUGGCCGUGCUGGCACAGGUAAUAAUUGGGCCCGCGGACGGUAUACAGACGGAGCUGAGCUGUCGGAUUCAGUGAUGGAUGUGGUACGUAAGGAAGUCGAGAGCUGUGAUCUGAUUCAAGGAUUUCAAGUUAUCCACGCGCUCGGAGGUGGGACCGGAUCAGGAAUGACAUGUCUGCUACUGGAACAAAUCAAAGCAGGUUGGCCCGAUCGUAUUGUGAAUACAUUCUCCAUAUUCCCCUCGCCAAAAUGGCAUUUCCCGAUGGCACUAAUCCGUGAGCUUAUUGACCACGAAGACAACAGCACCGCUACGAAAAAGAUGCAAGAAGAACCUUCGGCCGGACAAAUCCUUGUCACACUACCGCAGUAUGCGAUUCAACUACUGGAGGAUGAUUUAUUCGGUGUCAUCGGUGUCAUUCGGUGUCAUCCACUGACCAACUAA